AUGGCGCUAUUUGCAAUUGAGCAUUCCUUUAAUUACUAUGCCAAAAGAUCAGACAAGAAAAGCUAUGUCCUACAAUAUCGUUCGGAGAAUUGUGUUUGGAUCUUUAAAGCAUCAUGUCGUCGGGGUACAGAACUAUUUAAAGUUAGAUUUUUCCAAGAUGUUCACACAUGCCCGUUGAAAGAUCGUAGUUUUACUCAACUUCAAGCUACAGUUGGGUUUGUUAGUGGUUUUGCUGCACCAAAACUUGUCAACUAUAAGAGAAUACACACCAUGAAUGAUAUAAUCGAAGAUAUUAAAAAUGCUUUUGGUGUAGACAUUAACUAUCAGAAGGCUUGGAGGGCUAAAGAACGUGCGAUUGAGAUUUUAAGGGGGAAACCUGCAGAUGCUUAUCGACAAAUGACUCGAUAUGUAUACAUGUUAAAUUCCGUAUAUCCAGGUUCACAUAUUAGAAUGCAUAAAUCCGAGGAUAAUAAAUUUAUGUAUUUGUCCGUUGCAUUGCAACCUUUGAAGAGUGAAUUCGAGUAUUACAGGCCUGUUGUUGUGGUUGAUGGUGCACAUUUGAGUGGAGCAUAUAAAGGUACAUUUGUUUCUGCAAGUAUUUUUGAUGGAGCAGGACGCAUUCUGCCUAUUGCGUAUGGUGUUGUUGAUAGUGAAAACGAUAAUUUGUGGACUUGGUUUUUUGAGAACUUCAGAAUUGCUUUUGAAGAACGUGAUAGUAUGUGUGUUGUAUCCGACCGUCAUGAAAGCAUAAUAAAGGUUGUGAGUGUUGUAUAUCCGAAUGUGCCGCACCUCGCAUGCAUUUGGCACUUGUGGAAGAAUGUUUGUACAAACUUCAGGAAGAGUAAAGAUAGACUUAGCGAUAUUUACUAUGCUAUGGUCAAGGCUUACCGCAAAGAUGAGUUUGAUUUUUUUUGGAAUCAAGUUGGGAAGAUUGAUAAGAGGGUAAAGUCUUAUCUUGAGGAUGCUGGAUUUGCAAAGUGGGCACGCGUGUAUGCACCUGUUAAUCGUGGUAGAAUGAUGACUUCAAAUAUAGUGGAGUGCAUAAAUGGUAAAUUGAAGCUAGCACGUGAGUUGUCGAUAAUAGAAUUUUUGGAGCAGGCUAGAAAAUUGUUCGGAAAGUGGAAUUGA